GAGAUCAGAAAAAUCAUGAAUGCUGCAUGGCCAUUCUUCUUUCCCAAAUUGUAUUUAUUGAAGAACAGGCAGCUGGAAUUGGGAAAAGUGCCAAAAUAGUGGUUCACCUUCACCCAGCUCCUCCAAACAAAGAACCUGGUCCGUUCCAGAGUAGUAGGAACUCCUACAUCAAACUCUCCUUCAAAGAGCAUGGCCAGAUUGAGUUUUACAGGCGUUUAUCAGAAGAAAUGACCCAGAGAAGAUGGGAGAAUAUGCCAGUUUCCCAGUCAUUACAAACAAAUAGAGGACCCCAGCCAGGAAGAAUAAGAGCUGUAGGAAUUGUAGGUAUUGAAAGGAAACUGGAAGAAAAAAGAAAAGAAACUGACAAAAACAUUUCUGAGGCCUUUGAAGACCUCAGCAAGCUGAUGGUGAAGGCUAAGGAAAUGGUGGAAUUAUCAAAAUCAAUUGCUAAUAAGAUUAAAGACAAGCAAGGUGACAUCACAGAAGAUGAGACCAUCAGGUUUAAAUCCUAUUUGCUGAGCAUGGGAAUAGCUAACCCAGUUACCAGGGAAACCUACGGCUCGGGCACGCAGUACCACAUGCAGCUGGCCAAACAGCUGGCCGGAAUAUUGCAGGCGCCUUUAGAGGAACGAGGAGGAAUAAUGUCACUCACAGAGGUAUACUGUUUAGUAAACCGAGCUCGAGGAAUGGAAUUGCUCUCGCCAGAAGAUUUAGUGAAUGCGUGCAAGAUGCUGGAAGCGCUGAAAUUACCUCUCAGGCUCCGAGUUUUCGACAGCGGCGUCAUGGUAAUUGAGCUUCCCCACAAGGAAGAGGAAAUGGUGGCCUCAGCCUUGGAGACAGUUUCAGAAAAGGGAUCCCUAACGUCAGAAGAGUUUGCCAAGCUCGUAGGAAUGUCUGUCCUCCUGGCCAAAGAACGGUUGCUUCUUGCAGAGAAGAUGGGCCAUCUUUGCCGAGAUGAUUCCGUGGAAGGCUUGCGAUUUUACCCAAAUUUAUUUAUGACACAGAGCUAAGGGUUUUGUAUUUGAAAUACUUCUUGUCCGUAUCUUUGCGUCAUGUAGAGGUUGUCUGACAUUGAGCUCAGAGUAAACCCUGAUAAACUGAGCAUUUACAGGAACUUUGCAGUAUAAUAUAAAACCCUUUUAAUUUCUCCCUAAAUAUAAUGGUCCAGGAAGGUUAUUUAGGAUAAAUAUAGGAAAAUACAGAAAAAUGAAUGACAAUGAGAAUUUGAAAUCAUGCUACAGUUGUAAAGAACCCUCAGAGUUGAACUUGAAAUAUGGUAGAUUUUCACUCAGUCCUCAAAUCUGACUAUUUUUUAAGGAAAGGAAUUUAGUUCAUGGGGGAAGAAAAGGAGAAGUUGCAUGUUUGGACAGGUUAGAGUGUUAUUUUGGUGUGAGAAAAAUUCACUGAAUUAUAAAUAAGGUUUUUUCCUGUAUGUAAUGUGCCCAUUUUGGGGGGUUUUCAUGAAGCAAGUCAUAUGUACGGUGUCGUCUAAAAACCUGACAACAUUGGAACAAAUAUCAAACUGCGGAAUGCUGUCAGCAGCUCCUCCUAAGGGCUUUUCUUUGGAAGCAGCCAUACGCAUGUCUGCAGCAGACCAAAUAAAGCACUUAAAAAGG